CUUUUGCAACUUUCCCAAGUCUGUGCAUGAGCGGGAGAGGAGGAAAACUCAGAAGGAACUGGCUUGAUCUCAACAAACUCUUUUUUGCUCCCAAAGCCUUUUUCCUCUGACCUAGCUGAGACUGUUGAUCUAAGUGGAGAUCCUUCAGAUUCAGCGAGAACGCCCGCCUGUCCUCAGAGGCUGGAUGCUAAGCAGCCACAGCUGCUCUGAAGCCCCUCCAUGAAUCCCCGGAAGAAGGUGGAUUUGAAGCUCAUCAUCGUCGGAGCCCUGGGUGUAGGAAAGACCUCCCUCCUCCACCAAUAUGUGCACAAGACCUUUUUUGAGGAUUAUCAGACCACACUAGGGGCCAGUAUCCUCUCCAAGAUUAUCAUACUGAAUGACACAACUUUGAAGCUACAGAUCUGGGACACAGGUGGCCAGGAGCGAUUCCGCUCCAUGGUGUCCACAUUCUACAAAGGCUCCGAUGGCUGCAUCCUGGCUUUUGAUGUCACCGACCUGGAGUCCUUUGAAGCUCUGAAUACCUGGCGAGGUGAUGUUCUGGCCAAAAUCAUUCCGACGGAGCAGUCCUACCCCAUGGUGGCGCUGGGGAACAAGAUCGAUCUGGCAGACCGGCAGCUUAAGCAUAUUCUGGAUCACCUGGCUAACCACCGGAUGGCUUGUCUGUUCCAUGGCUGUAGUGACCCCAUGCUGUGUAGGUGUUUAUUGCAGUGGCAUUGAGUAGAGUUCUUGUCACCAUUGCCUACUAAUAAGAAGAAACUAGAGGCAGACUUAAUUCGUAAAAGAUGCUCUGCCCUGUUACCUUUUGCCUUGGGUCCCGCAGAUGCAUGCCAGACACAAAUCCCCGGUAGCUACCAAACUCCAGGGGUUGAAUGUUAAGCUUUCCAAGUGGCCUCCUUGAAGCCCUUCUUGGGGCGGAGGUGAGGCUUUGCCUUUUCUCUGUCUUUUGGGGGGUGCACAACACAACACAACUUUCUCCAAAGAAAUCCUUUCUACUCCUCCUUUUCAGUCUUUUAGUAUCUAUCCAUGGUGUGGGGUUUGGAGUCAUGGAUUCUUGGUCAUGUACUUUGGAAACAUACAAGGUCAGGGGGCAGUCUAUUUCCCAGCCCACCUUAUAUCAGACAUCUAUCAGAUUGUAGUGCCUCCCCCAAAACGUCCAUUUUAAUGAGCAUCCUGCUUCAUAUACUUAUAGAUUGUAGGGUGGGGAGUUGAGGGAGUUCAAGACUGAGAGUCUUAUUUUUUUCUCCGUGAAAUAAGAGGCGCCAUUUUCUUGAGGGAAAACCAAGUAGGAGUCUGAGGAACAAUGGUGACCCUUCACCAGUCACCUGGAGAGAAACGGGUGAGGAAGCUAAUUGGGGACAAAGACGAGAACUGAUGGGUGACAGGGCUUAUCGGAAGGAGGACACCAGGAGGUUGAGGUGGAGUCUGUGUUGUGUUUUUCUUCAAGAGCCCUGUGUGGGGGGAAAGCCAGGAACGAGGCACCUGGGCUGGGCCAGCAGAGGUGGAGGAGCAGGGCAGAAGGAAUGAGCACGGGAGGGGGUUGAAGGGAGGCAGGUUGCGGCCAGAGCGGAAGACGGUAUUUAGUGUUAUCUUCUGAGGUCCCGGGUCUGGCCCUGCAAAGAAGAGGAAAGAAGGUGAAGUCUGUCGGAAGGGAAGGCAUUGGAAGCUAUUGUGAGGGGUGGAGGCCACAGCGUGAGGUGGAGAGGAAGCCUCGCCAGACUGCAGAGCUCAGUGAGUGAGGGGGUCCUGGCAGGAUGGGAAGUACAGGCGAUGCCUUGAAAGGGUGGAGGGGGUCCAGUCCAAGCUUGGGCGGGGGCAUGAGCUUUGAUCUACCGAGAGAGGAAGAUGAGGGCUUGAAAGAAGCAGUAAAGCCCCGGGCAAGCCCAACCCCAUCUCUGGGUCGUGUGGUUAGCCCGUUCCAGCCUCUUCAUCUGUGAAAUGAGGGCCAGACACAGAGUUCAUGGGGUUGUUUGAGGAUUAAAGGAAAUGAUGCCCAAAAAGCAUGUGGCAAGCUUAAUAGGUGGGAGCGAGGCUGAUCCUCCUUAUUAUCACCAUGGCGCAGGCUGGGAAAACAGGGGAGCGUCUCCUACUCAGUACAAAGAAAAUAAAUGUUUAAAACUCUAUUGCUAAGAUGUGAGGUGAAGGAGAAGUUCUAGAGAUGGAUGGGGGUGACGGCUGCACAACAACGUGAAUGAACUCAAUGUCCUUGAACUGCACACUUAAAUAUCAUUGAAAUGGAAAACUUUAUGUAUAUUUUACCACAAUAAAAAAAUACAUGUUGGCAGAAUGUUCUUAAAGAAAUUACUGACCUAGGUUUUUUUUCAAGUCCCUACUCUUUCUACAGAAGGUACUAGAGUGAAAAAAAAUGUAGGUUGUUUAAAAGAAUAGCUCUGCUAGCAUCUAUGCUACAAGGAAUUUCUUCGCUAGCUUGUGGAGUCUUUGCUCUAAGUUCAGGUAGGCACUUCCUGACUUUCCACUGAGGCAUAAUGUUUUCUGAAAAUAUUAGCUAUUUUGGGUAGCAGUUUAAGAUGUAUUUGACACACUAAUUUUAACACAUACAAUUGAUGAUUUAAAAUGUAUAUGAGAUGGAAAAGUCUCACAAAUAAAAUUACAUGAACUGGACUAAUUUUGUCAAGCUUUUGGCCUCUGAUGAACAUCAAAAUUGUAAUAGGAGCUCUGGCCGGUGUGGCUCCGUUGGUUGAAUGUCAUCCCAUGCACCUUUCGAAGGGCCGUGGGUUCCAUUCUUGGUCAGGGCACAUACCCAGUUUUGGGUUCAGUCCCCAACUGGGACACA